GGUCGAGGAGGACAGGCACAGUCACUCAGCUCCUCCGCUGGAACGGACGAAGACGUUCGCUCUCCGUAAAGUUCUUCACCUGUGUGUGUCGUGCGCACUUGGACUAUUUGUAUUACUCGUCUCAACAUGAUUCCGUGUUUGAAACCGACGACCUCGGCGGCUUCCAUGAUGCUGCUUUUCAGCACGCUCGUGGCUCUGUGUCCCGCCUACGUGCUCGUGCACCCGGCUGGUGUUGUGCCCCAGACUCAGGUGGUGUACCAGUCGCCGCAUCAACCACCUGUGGUGCCCGUGGCGGGUCCGGGACAGCCACACGUCAUCUAUCACUAUGGACUCGGAGGCGUGAGGCCUGAACUGCAGCCUCCCGUAGUGUUCGUGAGAGUGGUUCCCGCGUAUCCGCCCCCGAACCAGCCUCCCCUGCAGCCCCCGUUCAUCGAGGAAGUGCCACCCGUGUUCAAGAACCCACCUCCAGACCCCGAAGACACCCCGCCUGCCAAGAAGCCCGGCGUCCACGGACGCGGAGGUCGCCGAACGGACUGUCCCGAGGUGGACAACAAGAAGGGAAUCGCGCCGCCACCCACCCGUAAGCCCUCGAAGAGGGGCCGCGGCACUCAGGCGAGGAAGUCCAGGAGGCCGCCGGCGGAGGCGACCACCCGAAGACCGCCCAGCAAGGCCAACCGCCGCGUCGACCCCAAGAGCGAACGCCUGAGGACCGAGAGACUAACCGCCGCCAAGAAUGCCUAAUACUCUUCCCGAGCCGUCCGCGAGCUGUCUGCGGCGCCCCCUAUCCAGUUUUCACCACCGGCGGAUUCCGUCAUGUUGCCUCUUCUGAUUGGCUCUAAGCUCAGGGCCACGUGCUCCCUGAUCGUUUCCGAAACUGCAACGUGGCGGAGUUCCGCCGUCGGUGAAAGGCUCGUAACGAGGACCAACGAAUGUUUCGUAGACGGCCGAGAGAGUCGUUGUCUGAUUGCUGCGAUGCUUUCCUCUGCGAGUCUGCGCAACUGUGACGUCUGCUCGAAACUGGCUGAAAGCCCUUUGUAGCUCUCAGUGGGGUCGUAUACAAAGGGCGUGUUUCCGUCUUCUUGGCGCGCAUUCUAGUACCAUAGCCCUGAACCCUUUCCGCUCGAGAAUUCCAAUGGCGCAGGGUAGUCUAGAAAGCUAACAGGAGCUGCAAUGACUUCAUCUAUCACAAUGUCUUACGAUAGCGGAGAUAUCGCUUAUGUUGUUGGUUGUUCCGUACGAAAUGAAACACUGAGACAGCUCGUGCUCCAUGAACACCAGAAGAACAAUGCAGACUGCGGACUUAUGGAGCUGAGCUAUUUAAUAAACACAGCUGCAAAAAAGAAAAAAAAGGGCAUUAAGACUCGUAUGUUAGGCAGCUUGAUCAGGAAAAUACCAGACGUGUUAAAAAGAGACGUGUUGCUUACAUGACUCCGUGGCGGCUUUCGGCUGACGAAGAACAAAUAAAUGUGACGUCGUUUGUGUCACGGUUUAUUUGCGAAGGUUCUCGCGCUGAAUGACUGGACCAACGUAACGCAUACGACAAAUACAACGGCCGAUUAUAGUGCAUGGUUUUUGCACGCGCAUAUCGAGGAAGCGGUGCCACUUUCCAGAGGAUUGACUGUAAACGCGGACGGUGAAGACUGCGUGCGUGAACUGCAGUAACCCCGUGCAACGCUUGGGGUGUUUUUAGUCAUAUAACAUAAACUUAGUCAUUCCACUUAUUCCAUCCACCAUCGAUUCCGCGCAUACAAACUUCGACCGGCAGCCGGUAUUUCUGGGUUCGAAGCCAUCGCAAUGUCGACGUUGUCUUGCAAACCCUCGCCUUGUAUAAAGCAAGACCCAGACGCACCGGCAUGUUUGGGCUCGAUCGUCAUACUUCAUCAAAAGUAAUUUAUCUACGUGUUUGCAUUCAUUUUAAGUUUAUUUCUCUGUAAAUAAACACAUAUAUUUUAUCCA